ACUAGGGAGGCGGUCGAGCAGGCUCUUAAAGACAAUGACAUUCAAUCAGUCUUCUUCCUAACCCUAAUCGACCAGGACAAAACGUCGGAUCUUGCCGACCUGGCUGCUGCCUUCAAUGCCACUGUCUACUACUGGUCCACUAGAACUGAAGCGACUGUUCAGCAGAAAGUCAAAGAAGGAGCGCUUCCAGACGAUACAUCAUUGGAGUCUGCCUUGACGCGCAAUACCUAUCGCACGAGGCUUUUCGAUGCCCAGUUCAAGUCUUCCCCAUGGCUGGCUGUAAACUCGGUCGGCUUCACGAGUAUUAGUUUCAAGGAUGAUGAAGAUUACUAUACCCUGAAAGCCUCUGCCAAAGAUGCCGUUCAGAAGAGCCUGACGAGUUCUACCCCACGUGAAGGAGUCUCGGAUAGACUGGAAACAGUCUCCAACGCCAUUGCGGAAAUCAUC